UAACCCAGGACAUUGGGAAGGGAGAGUAUUUAGGACCAGGGAUCAAUGCCCGAAGGUGUCCCAAAGCCUGGACGAGACAACCUGCAAAUGUUUGGAUUCCCUGAGCAAUCUUUUGAUGACUAACUCCAGUGCGGAGUGUCGGGGAGGGGGCUACCCGUCUUCAGUGGUUUGGGGACGGGUCGUGAGUGGUACAAAACGAGUGAUCCCUACAGGGUGUGACUGUAGGGAUGAGUUCGCCUUCAGUCCUAGACGUCGCGACUGUUGGCAGUGGGUCGAUUCACAACAGCCUGGCGUAGCUUCAAUUUCGGCUCCGGAAUCACCCUUUGCUGUGUCAUAUCUGAGGCUAGAGAGGACCGCGAGGCGCAGGAUCGCUGGGCCGGCCGGGCGGGCAGGACACACCCAGUGCGCAUGCGCACAACCCGGGCCCGGAAACAGCGCGGGGUCAGCCAUGGCUGCUGCCGCCGAGGGCGUGUUAGCGACCCGGCGUGAGGAGCCCGCUCGAGACGAUGCCGCCGUGGAGACAGCUGAGGAAGCAAAGGAGCCCGCUGAAGCUGACAUCACUGAGCUCUGCCGGGACAUGUUCUCCAAAAUGGCCACUUACCUGACUGGGGAACUGACGGCCACCAGUGAAGACUAUAAGCUCCUGGAAAAUAUGAAUAAACUCACCAGCUUGAAGUAUCUUGAAAUGAAAGAUAUUGCUAUAAACAUUAGUAGGAACUUAAAGGACUUAAACCAGAAAUAUGCUGGACUGCAGCCUUACCUGGAUCAGAUCAACGUCAUUGAAGAGCAGGUAGCAGCUCUUGAGCAGGCAGCUUACAAGUUGGAUGCAUAUUCAAAAAAACUGGAAGCCAAAUACAAGAAGCUGGAGAAGCGAUGAGAAACCUGUUUUUAUGGGAUAGAGUCUUUUUUUUUUUUUUUU